AUGCGUUUCAUUGCUUUCACAUCUCUUGCCCUCGCCCUUACCGGUGCAGUCAGCUCGCUGUCUAUUCCAUCAGGGGCUCAAGAACUCGCAGUUCGCAAGGCGGCUCUUGGAAACCCCGAGGAUAGGACUAACUUCUAUUACCGCGACACCUCUGAUGAUGUCUACACCCGCGAGGCUGCUGCUGCUGCCGGCGGCAACGCCGGCCUGGCUCUCGAUGCGCGGGCCAAGUACAAGCCGAGCAAGAUCGACCUGGACUUUCCAAAGAAGCUGGAGCGUGGUUCGAUCGCUCAGAAAGAGCGUGAGGAGGCCACCGACUUGGCCAAGAAGGCAUUGUUCCAGGCCGAGGUAACGGCUGGCAAGGUCAUUUAUGGGUGGCAUGACGAAAAUACUGAGGAUCCCGUCGAGCACUUCACUGUCAGACCUACCGAUGGCCCCGGCGAUGGAAAAGGCAACAUCCACGUCCACCGAGACGGUAGCUGGACGCAGGGCGCUGGUGGUAAGGCCAACCACGGUGAUGGACAGGUCUAG